AUGAGCGGCUCCAGGUUUUCAUUAGCAGAAGCUGUGGAUCAUAACCUUAACAAGAGCAACAUUCAUACCAAUGAUGUGUGGAGCAUCAGUGGAAGUGGUCCAUGGCUCCUGGCAGUCAUUAUGUCCCUCAUUAUUCUGGUGACAGCUUGUGGGAACAUCCUGUUAAUAGCACUGGUGCUUGCCCACCGGUCAUUACGCUGCACGUCAAACUGCUUUCUUGUGUCCCUCUUUCUAUCUGACUUGAUGGUAGCACUGGUGGUUAUGCCUCCUGCCAUGUUGAACGUACUCUGUGGGACAUGGGUACUCUCUCCCGGGUUCUGCCCAGUCUGGCUUUGCUUUGACGUCAUGUGCUGCAGCGCCUCCAUCCUGAACUUGUGUGUGAUCAGCCUGGACCGCUACCUCCUUAUUAUCUCUCCAUUACGCUAUAAGCAGCGCAUGACCCCUCCCCGGGCUUUGCUGCUUGUGGGUGGUGCCUGGGGUUUGGCAGCACUAACGUCCUUCCUGCCAAUUGAGAUGGACUGGCACAGUCUGGGCCGUAUGCAGGACCAUUCCGGGCAUGACAUAAUCAACACCACUGACCCAUGGUUAAGCUCCUACUACCCAACUUCAUACUUCCAGAUCUCCAACUCUGGCAUGCUGUCUUUGCAAUGCCGCCUGCGAGUCACGUUGCCUUUUGCCUUGGUUGCCACUUUCCUCACUUUUUUCCUUCCAUCGACAGCCAUUUGUUUCACUUACUGCCGCAUCCUACUGGCCGCAAGGAGGCAGGCACGUCAAGUAGAAGCUCUUACAUAUCCUCCAUACCCACAACAUUCACCUGGAGAACCGUCCCGUCCUCCAUCACUUGGACAUGCUGCUCAAGAAAUAGAUGACUACAGCCAACAGGAUCCUCCAGUGAUGCACCAGGCUCCGCUGUCAGUAAACAGCGAACGGCGUCUGGCUCACAGACAGGGAAAGAAGGCGCUGAAGGCUAGUUUAACACUUGGAGUGCUGUUGGGGCUGUUCUUCAGUGCAUGGCUGCCCUUCUUCAUCACCAAUAUGGCACAGGCUGUUUGCGAGUGCGUGCCUCCUUCACUAUUUGAUGCCAUUACUUGGCUCGGUUACUGUAACAGCACCAUGAACCCGAUUAUCUACCCGCUGUUCAUGAGGGAUUUUAAGAGAGCAUUAGGGCGAUUGUUGCCCUGCUGCUGUUCCUCUCACAUCCGUAGAAGGCCAUCUCCUCCGCUCUCCCUUUCUCUGCGCAAUUCAGGAGAGCCUCAGUUACAGAUAGAGCCACCAUCGACUGCCUCAGACCCGCCACAGCCACCCGCUACAGCCACAGACGCCGUAAACCUGCUUGACGCAGAACACGCCGAGAUUCACCUGCCUUUACUUCUGCCCAACCAGGUAGAUACGCUGGACUGA